UUUUCAUGAUAAAUAUUGAAUCUCUUUAUUUAUUUUAUAUAUAUACCAUUUGACCCAAGCCGAUGAGACCAAUCGCAUUCUUUCUGUGGUUCUAUCAAUGUCAUUUAAUGUUUAUUUUUUUAGUGAUGGAUUAUGCUUACUAUGUAUAAAAUAUGUCAAUAUUAUGUCAUUAUUCUUUAAUUCCUUUUUUUUACCUGCUGUUGACAUGCUUCGAACAUGUCGGAAGGCGGUAUUCACUCUGGCAAGUCUGAUUAACAACAUGAUUAAAAAAAAUAUGAAGAAAAAAAGGAAGAGAAAAUUAUAAUAAGCAUCGUGAGAGAGAAAGAGAGUGUAGUUCUGCAUCAUUUUCCCACGAUGACUUGUGCGUCACAUAUAAGCAGACGUUCUUUUAUGCAUCUUUUCUCUCUCGCUCUUUUCUUCAUGUCUAAUCAUAAUUCAGAUACUGAACAACAAGCAGCAAAGAUACUCAAUACUUAUGCAAAGGGAAAAGAAAAGGCAUAUGAAUUAAGUGACGAUGACCAAUUUUUGUCGGAGAGUGACAUUGAGGAUAUUGAACAAACUGUCCCUGAGGAGCUUGAAAUAAGGUUGGAGAGAAUGGCUAAACAAAAUAUAAGAUUGGUGUCAUCUGAAAUGACAGCUUACAUGAAGAGCCAUGACUUUAAAGUCAAGGGUAGCACAGGCACGGAGUACACAGUCACCAUUGGACCCAAAUUACAUUGUACUUGCAGAGAUCAUAACGUGAGAGGAACUCAUUGUAAGCAUAUCCUCUUCAUUCUUUUGAGAGAACUUAAAGUGACUGAUUUGAAGUCACCUGUAUACGAAACACUGACACCCUCUGACAAGGUGUUAAAGGACAUAUUCUCUCGUUAUCAUCCAACUAAAUAAAUAAACUUUUUUUUUGUGACGCAUUUUUACCCUUUUUU